AAGGUUCUUUAUGUGUCGUACUUAGUGGUAAAAAAAAAAAAAAGCAUAAAUAAUAAAUGUUUAUGAAGUUUAGAAUAUCGGCGUUUUUUUCCGCGUCAAAAGUAAUGAAAUAUGCACACAACGCGCGUAUAGAUAAUAAAUAUCAAUAGAAUUAAAAAAAAAAAAAAUACCUUGUUAACAGCAAGCGAACAAAUAAAAACAUCAUUAUCAUUAACGUAGUUUGUACAGCUACGGCGGCAUGCUUAAGACCGUACAUAAUGUGAUAUUGUUCACAGUUAUUUUUUUUUUUUUUGACGGAGAGAAAAAGGGUCACGAAAUGGUCAGACUGCGGUCACGGCGGUGACGGUAGCGGCUGGAUUUAAUAUAAGUACACGCGCCAUACGGCCAUCGAUCCGCGCACGCUCUUUGGCAGUGCGGUCACAGCACGGAAUAUUGUAGGCUGCAGUCCGCGACUGGCGUACCUAUAAUAUACACACAAUGACGGAAGGGAAAAAAACUGCGUGCCGGGCAAUUGAUUUUUCCGGUUUUUCUGUGCUCUUUCGAUUCGUCUCGUCGCGUUGACCGGUACCCGUAUACCGCGUGCGUACCGUUAUUGCGCCGGAAAAUUCGACCGCGACGACUACGGUAUAGUACCUACCUACCUACCUAUACCGUUAUGGUGUGCGGCGGUGACCACGACGACGAUGACAUACACGACGGGUGUUCGGGGGAUAAUCUGCAAGUGCUCACGCGCGGUAAUACGGACCAGCCUUUCAAACCGUUGCUGCAGGCGAUUCAGAGCGGCGACUACGAACAGUUCGAGGCCGCCGCGCAAAAGUACGGCAAUGAGGCGCUGUGCUUUCGAGACGAAUGGGGCUAUACGCCGGCCCACUGGGCCGCGCUCUACGGGAACGCCGAGGCGCUCAAGUACUUAGUGGCCCGGGGCGUAACGGUAGACACGUCGUGCUACGGGAUCCAAGGUUCCAAGCCCGUGCACUGGGCGGCUCGCAAGGGGCACACGGCGGCCGUACAAGUACUGUUGCAGGUAACCGCAAUCACGCCGCGCCCCGGCCGACGUUAUGUUAUACUCAGUACCGUUCUCAGAAUAGUUUUACCGUAUAAAUGACAACGCGGGACACUGUAGUUCAAUUCCUAAUGGGUUGAGAUAUUUACGAUUUUCCGUGUUUUUUAAAUUUAAAGCGUAGCUUUGUAUGAUUUUUAUUUUGCAUUAUUUUUUUCUGGCUAUGAACAACAUUUCCACCACGAUAAACCAUUACUAACAAAAAAACGAUUCUGAGCGCAGUUCAGUUGAAAGUGAUGCUUUGUCAACAAUAUACAUUUCAUAUUAUGGUAAAAUAAUUAAAAAGGCAUUGUAAAUUUUCUUAAUAAUAUUUGUUUAAUAUGGCACACAUUUUCCCGGUUUUUCACAUUUGCUGGGAAAACUUUUAGGAAAAUCAAAAAAUGACUUCCCUAAAAUAUCUUCCCAGUCAAAUUUUCUUUUAGUAAAAAUGCUAUCAUUGUUAAUUAGAGCAAAAUUGCUGGUAGAUAAGUAGUAUACAAAAAUAAAAGGCCAUAAUAUAUUUUUUUACUAAUACUUACAGUUGGUACAUUUUUCAUUUUUCCGAAAUUUUAUUCCGGUUUUUCCCAGAUAUUAUGAAAACCGCUUGAAAAAUCAAAAAACCACACCUUUAAAUUAUCACGGAGGUAAAAUUUCCUUCAGAAAAUAAGGUACACUUGAUACAUCGGAGCAAGAUUUCUGGUAGAAAAGUUUGCACAACAAAUCGAAGGAUAUUUUUCUAUUGAAAUAGUCCAAGAAAGCGAUGGCUUGGGUCUCUAGGUACAUCCAAAUGCAUUUAUUAUUUUUUUGAUUAGGUAAAAUGGAAAAAAGACUCAAAAAAUUAAUUUUCAACAUGCUGGUUUGAACCCUGAACCCCUAGCAUGAUAAUAAGCAUAAAUAACUAUUAGAUCUUUAACAUAACAUAUAAUAUCUUCGUAAUACCAGAACGUCAAAAAGCUAUAAUUUCGAAACUUAGUCAGUCCGCUUAAUUCUAACUUCACCAUCGUUCUUAAAUAGGCAAUACACAUAUGUUAAAAAAAAAUAAAAUUGAAAAAUUAGAUUUGUUCGUCAAAAUUUGAUAUUAAAAUUCUCUUGUAAAAAAAAAUAUUACAUUAAACUCAAUUUUUUGUUUUUACCUCAAAGUAAGACUCAUAAUGAAUUUCCUCUUAAGUUUUCGAGCAUUUCUGUUCAAGUCUAACAAUUUUACCACAUAGUACCUACCCAAUAAAAGUUUCGUAUAAAACUCGCAAAAUUGAAAUACCUAUAAAUAGCUCAUAAAUGGCUUAAUUUUAUUUUGAAAAUUUGACCACGUCUAGAAAAGGUAAAUAUAAAUUGUUUUUCUCAAUUUUAAGUCCAUAGAAUCAAUAUGAAUAUUUUUAACUGAAUUUCAAUAAAAAUAUUUAAAUUUUUAUAAAAAGCUUAAAAAUGGCACAAAUGUUUCGAAAAUUUUAUCACGUUUAGAAAAGUAAAAUUUGAUUUUUCUAUCCAAAUUUCAAGUUUCUACAAAUAUUUUUAACUGAAUUAUACAACAAAUAACAAAUUUGAAAAAUAAUAAAAACAUUUUUUUUGUACAUUUCUCGUUUUUCUUACGUUUUAUCCUGGUUUUUCUAAGAUAUAAUGAAAACCGUUUGGAAAAUUAAAAAUUGAUCUUCAAAAUUACCAUCUAGACAACAUUGCCAUUCAAAAAUGGUACCGUGCGUAGAUAUCUGAAAAAGAUUUCUAGUCGAAUUUUUGUACACAGUAUAAAAAAAAAUAUAUAUAUGUAUAUAUUAAAUGUCCUAUUAAUUAAAAACUUACCAUUUAAAAAUAUGAUCGAUCAACGUAAUCUUAUUGUGUAAACACGAAUAAUUUAUAACAGAAUGUUAUAGGACUAUAAAUAAUUCAUUAACUACAACACCAUUAAAAGAAAUCAUGUAUCAAAUAAUAUAUCUGUUUAAACUAAAUAUGUUAAGGUACCUAUACAUAAUGGUAUGAAGUCAUAUUGUAAAACAUUUAAUUAUAAUUUAUAAUUAUUUUAAACUUUAAAAAAAGUCAAGCAAUGAUUUGCUUACAGAUAUAAAUGAAAUAACCUUAUGUAUCCUACCUUCCCAACUUCUCACCUACAACAGUGGCCGCUCUAAUGUUUAUAGUUAUAAUUAUUGAAAUAAAUAGAAUAUGUUAUACUAUAUUAUGGUUUUAGUGGCAUAAUAUGGUAUAAACAGACAAUGAUAAAUAAAUAUAUAUAUUUAUAUAUAUCAUGAUAAAUGUGUUUUAGAUUCUGAGUGGAGCGAAGAAACUUAUUGUUUUACAAUGAUGUUCAUUUUUUUUUUAUUUGUGCGCAACUUUUCGACCAAAUUUUAAUCCGAUUUUUAAGUGUAGCACCUUUUCUAAAAGAAAAUCGGACUUGGAAGGUGCUUUAAUGAGGUAAUAUUUCGAUUUUCCCAAGAGUUUUCCCUGAAAUUGUGAAAAACAUGGGAAAACCGAGAAAAACGGGAAAAUCUAUACAUUAAACAAAUAUUAUUAGAAUAAAGAAAAUAUAUAAUGUCUAUUUAAUUGUUUUACAGUAAUUUGACAUAUAUAUUAUGUUUUUAUUGUUGAUAAAGUAACACUAUCAACUGAACUCCGCUCGGAAAGUUCCUUUUAAAAAGGAAUUCGUUUGCAAAAAAGGAACUCGUUCCCGUUUCUCGUUCCUUAAAAAAAAGAACUCGUUGCUUACUUAAGCGUUUCUUCAUGAAUACCUAAUGCAGUUCAAAAUAACUUUUUUUGUAUUCUGAUUAUUAAAAUAUCAAUAACUACUUUGCUUUGAAACACCAAGUCGUAUAUCGACAAAAAAUCAGUAAGAAGAGUCUCAUCUAUUAGAUUCAAAACUUAAUAAGUGACAUUUUUUCCCCCAAAUGUGUUUUAGAACAAAUUUCAGAGAAGAACGAAAUAAUUAUAUUUUUACAACCUUUACGUUCCUAUUCCUAAAAAAUAAAGAAUUAAUUCACGUUACUAUUCCUUUAAAAAAUAAUGGAAUUAAUUUCUUCAUUCAUUCCUCUAAAAAUGAAUCAAUUUUAAGAAUCACUCCUUUAGGAUCGUGUUCCUUAACACCACAUAUUUGAAGAUCGAAUAAUAAUAAUCAUAUAUAAUAAUAACAAUAAUAAUAAUAAUAGUGAAAAACUAGAAAAAAAGUAUAGAACAGAUUAAAAAAUGUACGUUAGUAAAAGUUUCUUUAAUUUCGUUAUUUUCAAAUAUAGUUUUUUUUUUUUUAUGUAAUUUUGUUAAAAACAAUAUUAUUGUAAACAUUUGAAAUAUUCACAGAGUACAAUAUAAUAUAAUAUAAUAUAAAAUAUCAGAACCUAAGUACCUAUAUUGGACUUUUCUAGACGUGUUGCUACUUUUGAAACGACUUUUGAGCUAUUUGUAGACAUUUAAAAUGUUCUAGUUCUUUAUGAGUUCAUUUGGUAAGUAUUAUGUGGAUAAAAUUGUUUUAUCAAAUAGAAAUAAGUACUUGUUAGUUUAGCGUUUAAAAGCACGAACAAUUUUAAUUUAUUUCGAAGUUACAAAUUGACAAAAAUAUUUAAUUUGUGGUUACAUUAAAACAUUUUUUUAACAUAACAAAAAUGUUUUUUCUUUUGCAUUGAUUUAUUAUUGCACAUAAUAUAUAGGCAAAUUAAAAAAACCCGUUUUUACUGUUUCAACUAAACUAACCGAAACUACUUUUUUUUUUUUCAUUAAAUUUAUAUUUUCCAAAAUAAGUUUUUCAAUUUUUGCAUGAAAGAGUGCAGACAUUUCAUGCUUGUUGAACUCCAUUAUGAAAGGAUAAAAUAUCAGACUCAGGGACAAAGUGUAGGCAAACUAUUCAUAAUCUCACGGAGCAUUGAUAAGCAAUACUUAUACACCACUUUAUAUAAUAAUAAUUGUCGUCUUUUGCCGGGUCCACAAUAAGAUGACAGACAAUAUUAAAACAAAAUAGAAACUCGUGUUUUUGCAACAAAUGUUUAAAAUAAUUAUGUUUUUUCCAACAAAUUGUUCUUGUUUUUUUAAACAAAGUCAUAUCCCGAACGGUAUCAGUAAACAUCAAAAAGUUUGUCUUUUGUUUUUGUUUCGGCAAACAUUGUCGGACAGUGUUUGUCAACUAAACAUUACGUUUCUAAAAUUCUACCCCUAAAGGUUAUCUCGUACUGGAUUUGUUAGUGUGAUAAGAAAAUUAAAUGUUUUUAUAUUUUUGUUCUAUUUUUUGAUUUUGGAUUACCUCGUUGACACAGACGAAAUAAAGUGGAAGCCGCGUUAAAUUAAAUUACCUUUAAAGAUUUUGGAUAGUUUAAAAAUUUUACUUUUUUAGAAAAAGGGGUUAAUUAAAUGAACAACAUUGGACAACACCCAAUAGUGUAAUACAAAUACGAUUAAAAAUAUUCACACAGUAUUGCAAAACACGCAUAAUAUCAUAAUAGUAUUUAUAAUAAUAAACUGCCUCUACAGUGCGCAUGUUAUACUACAACAAACAAGCUAGUUGCUCGUGAAAUUAUGCAGUUUAAUGUUUGAAAACCAUGACCCAAAAAAUUGCAUUGCAUGCGUAUUUAUACGAAAAUUAAACACAUGGUUCCAGAAUUAUUUCGAACGCGAAUCGUUAAUUUUUCGUUAACCUUAUUAUGCUAUACAUACAGGACGAUUCUUUUAUCACAAUCCAUUGUAGUUAUUAUAGUCAUUACUAUUAUUAUCCUUAUACAAUCGAUCUGUUAGUUGUUAUUCUUAAAGCUACUCCCCUCCCGGUUUAUAAUUUAUAGCUCACAAACAGUAAAUCGAAUCCAUUAUGCACAUCGAUAUUUUUUAUUAAAUUAUUAUUUUUUCGAAUCGUUGCUAAAAAAGCGUGGGGGGGGGGUUAUUAUUUAAAACAUAAAAUUUAAACUAUUGUUAAAAUACAUUUAAAAACAGAUCUAUAAUUAUGAUUGAAAAAAAAUAAAAUAGAAAGGAAGUAAAAAAUAUCUUCCUGGAUCAAAAUGUUUUUAACUGAAUUCAAAACUCACGAUUUGAUCAUUUUUGUGUGGCACUAUUAAAGGUAUUCACUGUUGAAAUUUAUUGUUCUCCCGAAAAUCAAAUACCUAUUUAAACCUAAAUGAAGUGUUUUUUUUUUUGAAAUUUACUAAAUUACAACUGCGUUGAUAGUCUUAAAAUUAUUUAACUAAUACAAACGAUAUCAGGUGGAUUAAUAUAACAUAAGACACUUAAUAUCUCGAUAAGUAUUAACUUUUUCAACAUUUGUAUUUAGAAAAUUUAAGAAAUAAAUACCUCUAAAAUGUUACAUUACGGUUAUUUGCUGUCACCAUUAUUCUUGGAGAUAAUACCACUACCCACUUUUGAUUUUCAAACAAUAAACUUUAUUAAAUAAAUGAAGCUUUAGUUUAAAUACAUUUUUAAUUUCCUUUAGCCCAUUAACGAAAUAUUCCACUUUUAAUUUGGUUUAGUGGAGAGUAGUGGAGCAUAAUUUUUUUGGUGUGCCAAUGUGUUCAUGGCGUUUGAAUAGUGAUCAAUGUAUAGCAAACUUAAAAGUGGAAUAACUCGUCAACACGGGCUGGUGGAAAUUAAAAACUUUACUCCAAAAUGUAUUUAAAUUAUUGUAAUGAAUUAUGUAAAAUAGAUAAAUUGAUUACAUAAUUAAUAUUAAUAUUAUUAAUUAUUAAUAUUACAUAAAUUAAAAGUGGAAUAUUUCGUUAAUGGGCUAAAGGAAAUUAAAAAUGUAUUUAAACUAAAGCUUCAUUUAUUUAAUCAAUUUAUCUAUUUAUGAAUUUUUAAUAUAGUUUACUAUUUGAAAAUCAAAAAUGGGUAGUUGUUUCACCUCCAAAAAUAAGGCUAACAAAAAAUAAUGCUUAUGUAAAAUUUUAGAGCUACUUGUUUCUUAAAUAUUCUAAAAAACAAAUUUUAAUAGUAUGAUAAUGAUUUUCUUUCCUUAAGUUGAUCACUCUGUAUAUUUUUUCUAGUAAAACGUAAUUUAAUGCAAAGUUAAAAAUCUGGCAUAUUCGUGGAACAACUUUCUUAACUGUUCCGUAAGAAAAAUGCGAACAAAUAAUGGUAUACAUUUUCACUAAAAUCAUUAUUCUUAAACACGAAACGUGCAUAAGAUUAAAAUACAUUAAAAAAAAAUAUAUAAUAAUAAUAAUAAUUAUUAUUAUUAUUUUAAUACAUAUUCAAACGUAAUGAUUUAAAUACAUCGAAGUUUCGCAAUCUUACUUUAGGAUUUUAACCGGAAGACUUGCUUCAAUCAAAGACUUCACAAAAAAUGCUAUGUCGAAUUUUAAAUCUAGUUGGUACUUUAAAAAAGCUAUUUCUAUAAAUUCCUUGUAUUUUUUCUAAAAAUGAAGAAAAUCCAAACAUUUUGUAUCAAGAAAUCAGAAGCCGCUAGUCGUCGAGUGGUAUAUUCUGUCUCUGAACUCUUGGUAUUAUUUAUCCGAUAAUCUCCUUACAAAACCGAGUUCUGAAUUUUCCACUGUCUGCCGAGCCAGCGAUUUAAAUGCGGUCGUCGCGUUUCUUUUUGUGUAUAGGCCGGAGUGGAUGCAAACGUGGCGGACUUCAAAGGUUUGACGCCUUUGAUGACGGCCAGCAUGUUUGGUCAGACGUCUACGGCAAGCUUCCUGUUGGGAAUGGGCGCACAACACCAUCUGACCGACAUUAAUGGCGACUCUGCGUUGCAUUGGGCUUCGUACAAAGGGUACGCCGAUCUGGUGAAGCUGUUGGUGUACUCGGGCGCUGACCUAACCAAAGUUGACAAUUUCGGGUCCACGCCGCUUCACCUGGCCGCCUUGUCCGGCAACGCCAUGUGCGUGAAAACUCUCUGUCAAAACGUACGCGUAACGCAAAUAUUAUAUUUUAUAUGUAGACAUUUUUAUUAACAACGACUGUCAUUAUGUUUAUUUUCACCGUUCCAGGCUGAAGUAUCGUUGCAGCCCAAGGACAAAAACGGCAAAACCCCGUUGAGCCUGGCUGUCAACCAUAGAUACAAGGAAAUUGCUGGCGUGUUGAAUAGCGAGAUUAAGAAAAGAAAGAAAGUCAUAAUGCCUGGCGGCCUAAUCCAAACGGCACUGUAAGAAAAUAACCAUAUCGUUAUCUGUAACCGGGGCUGGGCAGAAAGCUGUUCAUACACAUAAUCUAUAAUAAUAUCGUCGUCGUCGGUUUUAAAAUACGAAAGAUAGGGAAAAUGCAAUUCAAUGGGAAAUAGGAUGGAAUGAAUUAUUAAAUUUGUAAGAGAGCGGUUACAAAUGAAACGACCUAUAGUCUACAGUGUCAGUAGCAAAUUGCAAUAACAAUAACUGAAAUCAUUUUUUCAAACGGCUACACGAUGGUCUACGAUUUCUAUAGUCUAUUUAAUGGUCCAAAAUGUUUAGAGUACCUAUACUAUUUUUAUUUUAGACUAAAGACUAGUUUAAAAUUAUACACAUUUUAGUGACGUAGCCAGGAUUUUGUAUUGUGGGGGGAGCUUAAUACAGUUUUGCUUGAAUCAUGGGCGUAUGUAAUAGGAGUUUGACCAUCAUAAAAUAUUUAUAUUUCUUGGUAUAAUAUCACUAUACUGUCAUACAGAAUACAGAGGUGUCCCUCUGACAGCUAUAUUCUUCUAGGAGAAUUUGAGAAAAGACAGUAGUGAUUACAUUAUUUUCAUUAAUGUUUUAUUUUUUUGUAUUGAUAUUAGCCAUGAAUAUUGAUUAAUUUAAAUUCUGAGUAAAGCAAAGAAGCUUAUGAUUUUACAAAGAUGUUUAUUUUAGAUUUUUUUUCUGCGGACAACUUUUCUACCAGAAGACUUACUCCGAUUUUUACAUGUAGCAACUUUUCUGAAAGAUAAUCGGUGUGGGGGAGGUACCUUAGAGAGAUCAUUUUUCGAUUUUCUUAAGUUUUCUUAUCAAAUGCGAAAAACCGAAAAAAAACAGAAAAAUGUAAAAAAUGUAGGUAUUAAUUAAAGAUAUUACGGCCUUUUUUUCUGUGGACAACUUAUCUACUAGCAAUUUUGCUCUAACUUUUAAUGAUAGCAAUUUUUAUAAAAGGAAAUUUCACUGAGGAGGUACUUUAGAGUGGUCGUUUUUCAAUUUCUCCGUAGUUUUCUUAGCAAAUGUAAAAAAUUGGGAAAAAACAUAGGAAAACCGGAGAAAUCGGUACAACAUUAAACAAAUAUUAUUAAAAAAAAUAUAUAUAUCCUACUCAAUUAUUUUACUAUAAUAUGGCAUAUAUAUUGUUGACAGAGCUUCACUAUCAACUGAACUCUGCUCAGAAUCGUUUUUUCGUAAGCAAUGGUUUAUCGUUGCUUACAGGUAUACAUUAAAUUACAUAUUGUUUUAAUAAUGAAUCAUUAAUAAUUAUUGAUAAUAAUUUAAUUAGCGAUAAUAUUGUGGACAUUUUUGACGUUGUACAAUGUACAUUAAAAUUUGUUACUACGAAAAUAGUAAGCAGACAAUUUUUGAAAAUAGAUGUAGAUCUUUUGUUUGACGACUAUGCAAGUCCUGAAACCAUUUGUACCUAUAACCGACGACGGCAACUUAUUCACUUAAUGCAUUAAAAAAAAUGUUGCACACAGCUAACAUUCACACGAUAUUUCUCGUCGAAACAAUAGACAAUAUACCACAAUAAUAUGAGGGCGACUUAAAUAAUUGUUUUCAGCAACGCGAUGUUUGGACGUUCGAUCUACUCCAAAGGACCUCUGUUGUUGUUUUUGUGCUCAUUUUUGAUGUGGUGGUAUCCACUUUACGUGUACAAGGUGAGUGAACGCAUUUUUUGCUGCCACGUCUUCGGGUCCUAACUAGAGAUAUUGCUUUUACCGGUAAAUUGUAUGUAAGUCAUAUUUUGAUAGUAAAUUUGUGUUUGUAUUUUUUUGAAUAUCAGCAAACUUGAUACAAAAAUAACCUAAUAAGAUCACAAACAAAUUUUUCAUUUUUUAUUUUCAUACCAAAAUGGUUGUUUUCCUAAUAAUGCUGGUGAGAAUCAUUAUACUUUUAUCACACUAUGAACAACUUUUGUCACUUUGUCACAGUGUUGCCAAGUUAAAUUUUAAAAUAUAAUUAUAAAAAAAAUUGUUGCACGAAAGAAUAAAAUUGAAAUAAGAAGAUCACUCGAUUUUCAGUUUGUAAAAAUAUUUACCUAGUAAAAAACCAUCGGAAAAUUUGCCGGGCCCACAUCUCUAGUCCUUACCCCGGUGUCCUUGUUUUUCUUUAUUGUAAUCUCAUCCACAAUCUCAGGUGAUACCCGCCACUUGGAACUUGACCAGAGGCUGCCACUACACGUAUAUGGCUUGGAACGUUUUCAUGUGGAUAUGCUGGAUAACUACCAAACACUCCGAUCCCGGAUACUUGCCGAUCAACUCCGGACGCUACAUUCGAAUCAUAAGACAGGUAAUCGUAUUGCACGAUAAUAUUAAACUGGUUAUUAACUUCAGCAGAUAUUGCCAAAAUUAUUAUUAAAAAAAAAAAAAACCAUACAAUUAUUAGACAGGUACAUUAUACAAUAUGAUAUAGGUGUGCCAUCUUAUUUAUUUCAAUGACGAAAAAUAUCACACAUUUAUCUGACAAUAUUCGUGGAAGAGAGUCGUAAAAAUCAUUAUAUUUUUUUUUAACAACAUGCAGAACGAUUAAUAAUAAUAGUAAUAUAACAAAGAGGUUCUACAGUUAUACCUACUAUAUUAGAUAAUAUAUUAUUACCUCAUAUCUGAUAAUCAUGAUUAUAAUAGGUAUAAGGAUUGAAUAACGGCCCGUGUUCCUGCAGUCACGACAUUGAAUUUUUGUUCGCUUUUCCCGAUUAAUGUUUAUUGUCUAAAUAUUGUUUCAAUAAUUCGUGGUUUUGUAUUUUUUUUUUUUUACCGUAAUAGUUGCCGACUUUUACGUGCGACAUGCGAACCAAAAAAGACAUACUGGCCAGGCUGUGUCACACGUGUCGUUGUGUAAGACCACCCCGGGUCAAACACUGUAGAAUGUGCAACAGGUGCGUCAAAGAAUUCGACCAUCAUUGUCAUUUCGUCAGCAACUGCAUCGGUAUAGGCAACAGGUGAAUAAUAAUAUAAUAAUAUCGCGGGGUUAGGAAUAAAAAUGCAAGUGACAAAACAACCAAAUAGUAAUAUAUAACACUCUAAAUAAAUACGGAGCGAUCGAUAUAACGUAGUACACUUAAUACUUAGGAAAGUAUAUGAACAUUUUUGAGAUUUUUUUUUUAAACUUAAGAAACAAUUUUAACGUUAAGUAAAGUUUAGUCAAGUUGAGUUUAAGUAAUAUCAAACAUAAUAAUAAUAAUAUGGUCAUUCAAAUUUCAUGAUCCAGUCAAAUUUGAUAUGAAAUACUUAAUUUUUCAACAAAUUACUUUUAUAAAAACUUUUUGGAAUUAUAUAUAUUCUAAAAUGUUACGUUGUCCUUAUUUUUUUUACCCUUAAAUGUAAGGGUGAAACGACUUCCUACUUUUGAUUUUCAAAAAGAAACUUAUAUUAAAAGUUCUAUAAAUAGACGGAGUAUUAAAUUAAUUUUUGUCUUGAAAUUACUGAUUUUCAUCAAUCUGUUAACGAGGUAUUCUAAUUUUAAUUUUGGAUAAGGAGAGAGUAGUAGAGUAUUAUUCAAAUGCCAUGUGCCGUGACACCACUCAAAAAUAAGGGUGGUAAAAACAAGGACAAUGCGAUAUUUUUUAAUAUAAUAUGAUUCCAAAAAGUUUUUUUAAUAUAAGUAUUUCUUUUUAAAUUUGACUACCUAUAUCAUGAAAUUUGAAUGGCCCUUUAUAUAUGCUUUUAAAAAUAUCAUUAUUUGUAAAAAGAGACGUGUCUAUACCGUUUCUAAUCAUUCAAGCAUAAAGGGUAAUUCUAGGGUAUGUCUUUUAUCAUGAUCCAUACUAUUUCUAUGAUCAAAGUAUUAUUUUUCUCUACUUCCUCGGUCUAAAUUCAAAACUGAAUUAGUCUCUUUAUUUUCGGGGUAAUAUUUGCCAAAAAAAAAAAAAAAAUUUUAUUUUAUUUUAUUUCUUCUCUCUUGUACAACUAAUAUUCUCAGAGAACUCUACGCUUACAAUAUAUAAAACCUUUAUCUAGCUAGUCCGUUUGGAUAUUUUUUUUAUCGACAGAUCGUGGUACUUCUGUUUUGUCAUCAGUCUGACUAUGAACUGCUCGUACGUUAUUUACAUGGUGAGCUGCACGUUAAACGUCGAAGGGUUUAACAUCCUGUACGUGUUGGCCCUUUUGCAAGCAAUCGCUUUUGGUAUCCUUAGCUUGGCCGUAACCGUGACCAUCGUAUGUAACACUCACACCCGUGUUGUGGUAACCGCUAUAUUAUAGUAUAAUAUAUUGACUCACGCAGUGUUUCGUUUCCAGUGUUCAAGUGUAUUACUAAACUUGACCAGAAACGAGUUGAUCAACUACAAAAAGUACGCGUACCUGAAGAAUGAAGAGGAUAAAUUCCACAAUCCGUUUUCCAGAGGAAUCGUAUUAAACGUUUUGGAGUUUUUUGGAUGCACGCGGACAAAAGUGGAGAAAAAUGAAGACGAAUUUUUUUGUUGCGAUUAAGAAGCAUUGUGAUGGAGGAAAUAAUUUAUUGUACUGCUAUCACAACUUUAUUAUUAUUUUUAGGUUUUUCGGCUAUAAACUAUUACUGACUGUAAACUAAACAAAGAAACGUAUAUGUCCGUAUUAUUUAUACAUAAACAUUAAAUCACAUUAUUCCCUAUUUAAUUUCUACACGUUUGUCGCAUAUAUUACGAAAUUAUUCAU